AUGCAACGUGGCUACUACACACCUGCGCUGGCACCAAUGCUACAAAGUUUGGUAGGGGAGCUCUCCAGUAAUGAUAUCCUUGUUGCAUUGGCCGCUAUGGAUGCCUUGUCGGAUGUAGCAAUCGCGUCCAACGUCGGAGCCGCUGUCGUUAACGAGUCGGGAGCUCCACAGAAGAUUUACGAGCUAUUGCAAAGUAGCAAGGACGCGCCAGAUGGAGGCUUCAUUUACCCAUGUAGGUGUAUU